UGCCUCCUGCCUGUUCUCCGGUGUGUUGUUAGCCUGUAGCUGCUCUUUACUCUCCGUCACGUUUCUGCAACAUUUCCACCUCCAGCUCACCGGAGGAGCCAUAAAAACCGACCCAGACACCGGACACAGACAUCACACCGAGCCCGGCACCGAGCAUGUCCACCGCGUUGGAGAGCUACAUCAACCGUACUGUGGCCAUAGUCACAUCAGACGGCAGGAUGAUUGUGGGCACUCUGAAGGGCUUCGAUCAGACCAUCAACCUGAUCCUGGACGAGAGCCACGAGCGAGUGUUCAGCUCCAGUCAGGGAGUGGAGCAGGUGGUGCUGGGACUCUACAUCGUCAGGGGCGACAACGUGGCCGUGAUCGGGGAGAUCGAUGAGGAGACAGACUCCACUCUGGAUUUGGGGAACAUCAGAGCCGAGCCGCUCAACUCUGUUGUUCACUGACCUCUGACCUCAGACCCUGAUUCCCCCCCCCCCCCUCCUCCCCCUCCAUCAUCACUACUGCAACCACAACCAGCACCACCUGCUGCAGGACCGCCAUCUCCAUGGCAACGGGAGUCAAGAUGUUUUCAUAGACCUGCUCGUUUCAUUUUUACCCUGUGUGACUCCCGUAGUGACGUUUUUCUGUUUGUAUUUUUUUUUUUAUAAAUAAAUAAAGAAGUGAUU